GUCACCGCGGCCCCGGCUCUGCCUUCCUGGUCCUUGCUGGGAAGAAGUCUUCACUCCACUUACAGACGUCUGUGCGGACGCGGUGGGAACGGUGGGCGUGAGCCUUGGAUGGUGAGAUGCGCGUGGAGUGUGUUUUUCUCCGUCUUGUUUCUCUCAUCGUUCACUCACUCACUUACUCACUCCCCUUGACGAUCUGCUUCACGACACUGCUAUUGUUAUGCCAUCAUUGCUUUUGCAGCCGCGGUGAUCCUGACUCUGGCUGCAUCUGCAGUCUUCCAUUUUUCUUGCUAUCAUUUCGACACAAAAAGGCCUUGUUUUUGUCCCCAUAUCGAGAUGGAAUCCUGCACAUAAGUCGGCCUCGUCCCAUGCUAUGCAUCCUGCCAACCAUACAUUCAUUACACGAAGUUUUGCUUUAUGACUUAUCGUUUUCGACUAGAGACUCAAUUGCCCAUCAUUUGUUGCGCAUUUAUUAUUAGCUUUUCACCUGCACGCUCACGGCUGCUGACCUGACCCCUCUACGACUCGAAACACACACAUUCUCUUAUUCGGGCGCAUGCGAUUUGCGAAAGGACCCCAGAUCUGCAGAUCCGGGAUCAUUU